UGCAUUAUAGAACAAGGAUUAAGUUGAUCGUGAAUAAAGUAAUAUAGAAUCGUGGAAGAUCGGCACUUGAUCAACAUUGUUUAGAGAAUUUUACUUCACUAAGUAUUGAGUUUUGUUUUCUUGGCUUACUUUUCUCUUGCAUACUUGUUCGUCUCUUACAUUAAUCUUAAAAGAGAUUGUUCUUGGAGACACAAGAACGCUCAUGGGGAUGACGAGGUUAGUUUGCUUGUUCUUGUCUGCCAUGCUCUUAAGUUUUACAUAUGCAGCUAUAACGCCAACAAGUCCUUUGUCAAUAGGACAAACUCUCAGCUCCUCUGAUGGUGUUUAUGAACUGGGGUUCUUCAGCCCUAAUAACACACAGAAUCAUCAGUAUGUUGGAGUAUGGUUCAAGGGCAUCAUUCCUCGCGUGGUUGUGUGGGUGGCCAAUAGAGAAAAGCCUGUUACAGACUCCACCGCAAAUCUAGCUAUCACCAGCAAGGGAAGUCUUCUCUUAUUUAGUGGCAAAGAUGGCAUUGUCUGGUCCAGUGGAGAGACUUUCGCAUCUAACGGGUCUCAUGCAGAGCUUUCAGACAGCGGAAGUCUUAUGGUCGUAGACAAAGUCUCCGGAAGAAUUCUAUGGCAAAGCUUUGACCAUCUUGGCGAUACUCUUCUACAUUCCUCGUUUCUGAUGUAUAACCUCGUCACCGGUGAGAAGCGGGUUCUGACUUCUUGGAAAAGUUACACUGAUCCAUCACCUGGCGAGUUUGUGGGUGAGAUUACACCACAAGUGCCAUCACAAGGGUUUAUUAUGAGAGGUUCGAGACCUUACUGGAGAAGUGGUCCAUGGGCUAAAACGAGGUUCACUGGGAUACCUCUAAUGGAUGAGUCAUUCACAAGUACAUUCAGUCUUCACCAGGAUGUAAAUGGGUCAGGAUACUUGUCUUUUUUCCAAAGAAACUACAAAAUUUCACGCUCAGUUUUAACACCAGAGGGAUUAAUGAAGAUUUUUCGUUACAAUGGAACGAACUGGGAUCUGUACUAUGAGGCUCCAUUAGCCAAUUCAUGCGCUAUAUACGGUGUAUGUGGACCUUUUGGGUUGUGUGUUGGUUCGGUUCCUCCAAAAUGUAAAUGCUUCAAAGGGUUUGUACCUAAAUCCAUUGAAGAGUGGAAAAGAGGAAACUGGAGUGAUGGUUGUGUGAGGCGAACCGAGCUACUUUGUCAAGGAAACUCCACCGGUGAAGAUGUAAAUGUCUUCCAUCCCGUUGCCAACAUAAAGCCUCCAGAUAAUUACAAAUUUGUAAAUUCUCUGAAUGCUGAAGAAUGCUACCAAAGUUGCUUCCGGAAUUGUUCAUGCUUGGCCUUUUCUUAUAUUAGUGGAAUUGGAUGUUUAGUAUGGAACCAUGACUUAAUGGACGCGGUGCAGUUUUCUGCGGGAGGAGAGCUUCUUUCCAUUCGUCUUGCACGUUCUGAGCUAGAUGCAAAUAAGCGCAAGAAGACCAUUGUUGCUACUACUGUUAGCCUUAUCCUUUUUGUGAUUUUGGGCUUUGCUUCAUUUCGUUUCUGGAGAUGCAGAGUAAAAAAUAAUGCUUAUAAAUCAAAAGAUGCAUGUAGGAAUGAUUUGAAACCACAAGAUGUCCCAGGUUUAGAUUUUUUUGAGAUGAAGACCAUACAAAAUGCUACAAAUAAUUUCAGUCUAUCAAACAAACUUGGACAAGGUGGAUUUGGUUCUGUGUACAAGGGAAAGCUGCAAGAUGGUAAAGAAAUUGCUGUAAAGCGGCUUUCUAGCAGCUCAGGGCAGGGCAAAGAAGAGUUCAUGAAUGAAAUAGUACUUAUCUCAAAACUACAACACAAAAACUUAGUUCGGGUUUUGGGAUGCUGCAUUGAAGGAGAAGAGAGGCUAUUGAUUUAUGAAUUCAUGUCGAACAAAAGCCUUGAUACUUUUCUCUUUGAUUCAAGAAAAAAGCUUGAGAUUGAUUGGCCUAAGAGAUUCAGUAUCAUCAAAGGCAUUGCGCGUGGACUUCUCUAUCUCCAUCGUGACUCAUGCCUCAAAGUUAUUCACCGAGAUCUAAAGGUGAGCAAUAUUCUUUUGGAUGAGAAGAUGAACCCAAAAAUAUCAGAUUUUGGAUUGGCUCGGAUGUAUCAAGGAACCGAAUAUCAGGACAACACUCGCCGUGUUGUAGGAACUUUAGGAUACAUGGCUCCUGAGUAUGCAUGGACUGGGGUGUUCUCUGAGAAAUCCGACAUCUACAGCUAUGGAGUUCUGCUGUUAGAAAUCAUUAGCGGAGAGAAGAUCUCAAGAUUCAGCCAUGCUGGAAAAACCCUUCUUGCAUAUGCAUGGGAUUUUUGGUCUGAAAACAAAGGAACUAAUCUUCUAGACCAAGUUGUUACUAACUCAUGUUGCCCAUCUGAGGUUAGUAGGUGUGUUCAGAUUGGUCUGCUUUGUGUUCAACACCAACCAGCAGAAAGGCCUAACACACUUGAGUUGCUGUCCAUGCUCACCACAACAUCAGAUCUUCCAUCACCUAAACAACCCACAUUUGUAGUCAACGCGAGCGACUGUGAAUCCCAGUUUAAGGAUUUGAUAACAGUCAACGAGAUGACACAAUCUGUGAUACUUGGGCGAUAAGGGAAAAAUUAAAUGUUCGAUGGAAAUUGUAGAGCUGAGGAAUGCUUAUAUUGUGAAAUCAAUUCUACAAUCAAUGAAAAACUCAUCGAUGAGUUUGUGAA